AUGCCCGAAAUGACUGAAGAAUUGCCUGAAAAGAGUGUCAAACGCAUAGAAGAAUCGGCCAUCUCGUUGAAGAAAAUCGCCCAACUCGAAGCCGAUUUGGAAGAAAUGAAAAAGGACAAAGACAUCGAGAUGAGUCGAUGGACAGCAAAAAUCGCUCAAAUCGAGGCGAAGUUGGAGGCCGAUUUCGUUGACGAAAGGGAGAGAAAUCGAGAAUUGGAAAGGAAAAUCGCCGAGGCAAAAAGGAAGAACGACGAUCUCGAGGCACAAUUAAGAACUCGAAAUACGGAAGUGAGGGAAGGAAAGACCAAGAUUGGAGAGCUCGACGGGAAAAUCAACGCGUUGCAGAGCAAAAUCUCUGGCUUUGAGACCCAAAUUGAAUGUGAACAAAAGGAAAGAAGUGAUGAAUUCACAAAGAUCAACUCAAAAAUUUCGCAAAGUGAUGAUCGAUCGACGAAGAUUGGUGCUGAUUUGAAAGAGAUAGAUUCCGAAGUCGCCGAAAUGUCAAGGAAAAUGGCGAAGUUGGAGACUGAUUUGGUUGACGAAAGGGAGAGAAAUCGAGAAUUGGAAAGGAAAAUCGCCGAGACGAAAAGGAAGAACGACGAUCUCGAGGCACAAUUAGAUUCCCAAGUCGCCGAAAUGUCAAGGACCAUCUCCGCGAGAAUGGCUCAAAACACGACAGAUUUAAUGGAGAAAAUCACGAAGUUGGAGGCUGAUUUACGAUUUGAAAGGAUCAAAACAGUCGAAAUCGCGAAGUUGCAGGCAGAUUUUUUUUCGAAGAAACUCAGAAAUCGACCGAUGACUUUCUCGGAUCUGGAUGGAUGGUCAUAUUUGGCAAAAACCGCUUCUUGGUACAAGGCUUUCGAUCAAGAAAUGACAUUCGAUGAAGCCGAGGCAUAUUGUACGAGUCGAAAGAUCCAUUUAGUCUCAAUUCACAGUCAGGAAGAGAACGAUUUUGUUCAGGAACUCGCGGAAACUGUUCGUUCGGAUUCUUUGUUCUGGAUCGGACUGAAGGGAAAUCCGAACAAAGGAAAUGCUUUUGAAUGGACGGAUGGAAGUUCGGUGGUUUUCAGGAAUUGGCAUCUUGGACAACCGGAUUCGUACGCCCACGCUUUGCUUGAUAGCUACGAUGGGGAAUGGUGGUCCGCUUCUCUUACCUCUCAGUGGCGUUUCAUCUGCAAAACCAGCUCUCAAUUC